AUGAGUCGUGAGGUCUUGGAGAAAGCAGAAGUGCAACAGCUAUUGAACGAGCUAUUCAACUUUGCAGACAACAGCUUCGUUCAAAGCGGUGAUCGGGUGCAGGCCUUCAAGUUGGGGCGACCAGUUCCAAAGAUUGGAGACGUUGACCGGUGCGCGGUGUACAUAUCGCUGGCACCUGGCAUGGAGAAUCCUGCGGGGGUAGACCCGCCGGAAGACGACGCUGCUCGGUGUGCUCGAUACACCAGCAGCGAAGAGGAGCAGAACGAUCCCGCCCUGACCAUCGAAGACAGAGUGGCGGGGAAAAGGCCACUGGCAGCAGACCCCUCCCCUGCAGAAGCGCUGCCGGCAGAGAUCAGCCAGGCGCCGAAGCGCCGUCGGCUCGUCCGGAUUACCGACGACGACGAGGAUGAGGAGGCCGCGCCUUCUGUGGUCCAGAGGCCACGCAGUCGUCCGGACGUUGCGCCGGCCACCACUGGUCGGGUGACCAGCGACCCGCCUGCACCGCACGCCGGGCCGACGCACGUCGUAGAGACGGGGGCGCAGCGCGGCCUCGGACGUCGACCUGACCACGUUGCUGGUCAGAGGGUGGCCGAGCCUGUAGCCGCCGUUGGGGACGCCGCGCCGCAGACCACGGAGCGGCCUGCGGCGGCAACCGCUGCUACGAGCGCCGAGGAGCAACUGGCCCCGGCAAGUGCCACAGCGAGCACCCCAACGAGGAACGAGGAGGCUGCGAGGACACCUCCCCCGCGUAACGUUGUGGAGGAGGAGAGCAGAGCCCCGACUCCUCCACCGGCCGAAGAAAGGGGAGUCCCGACUCCGCCCCGAGCAGGGGCCUCGUUGCUCGUAGGCUCCCUUGGCCUGGACCAGGGGCCAAUGAUGCCUGCGACCACAGCCGGUGGUAGUACGGUGAACGAGGAGACCCGGGCGGCCUCUGAUGAUGAUGUGGAGGAGAUCCAAGAUCCGUUUUGCAUCAACAACACCACUGAGCUCGCCUCGAGGCUCGAGGCCCUCGCCGCGGAGGCUCUAGAGCCAAAGCGCCAUGCAGGUAGCUUUGAGCCCACAGAAGGCACAAAGAAGGUCCCGCUCAACCCCGACAACUCUGAUGGCAAGCAACAAGUUUACAUGGAGUCCCUCGGAUAUGCCUAG